AUGCGCCGGGGCGAUGCGCAGAAGACGCGCGCGGUGAAGAAGACGCACCUGCCGACGACGUACGAGGGCGUGCUCCUGCUCCGACCGGAUUGCGACGACGCCACGCGCUCGGGGGCGCUCGAUCAAUUCAAGGCUAUGUUUAACGAUGGGUUGGCGUCCUGGGAACAAACCGAACGGGGUCUGCAGCCGAACGCGUACGAAAUCAAGGGAUAUCCGGACGCGUACCAAGUCGUCGUGAACUUUUCUUGCCCGCCGGCCGCGUUCAAGAACGCGUACGAGGAGCUCUCCAAGCCGGUGGUCGGUCAAGAGGAGGUCAUUCUGCGCUCCAUGUUCUUAAAGUCCGCGUAG